UCAGAGCAUAAUCGGGCAGAAUAAGAAAAUAAAUAAAUGGUUAAUGUUGUUUAAAUGUCUAACGUUAACGCAAUGGAUGAUAAAACUGAUCCGGUCGUCAAAGAGAUUCCCGUCUUUCUCUCGAAAACACUUGCGGACAAGCUAUUUAUUUUUCAAUAUCCUGUUCGCCCUGCUCGCGAUGGGUACGAUAAUGCAACCUUUUUAAAAACUUCGAUCAAACCGGAGAAUCAAGAAGUUCUUAUAGAAGUAGCACUAGACACGCAUAGCGUCACUUAUGAUAAGAGCAAAGGUGAACAAAUUGCAAUCAAUGCAGAUGGAGAUUCGGGGGUCGAUCAAGAAGAUGAUGAAAGGGCAUUCGAUAGCAAUCUGAUGGACAAAACGAUCUUACAAUCUUCUCGAGCAUUACCAGAUUGUUCCAACUACGCAGUUGGCAUAUUUCAGGAUGGAGAAUUGCAUAUAACACCGUUAAGAGGAAUUGUACAGAUGCGUCCACAGUUUAAUUAUCUCGAUAAGAGCGAUAAACGUGUAAGGGAAGAAGCCAAAAGUAUGGGUGAAGAAGGUGAAGAAGAAGAAGAAGGUCCGAAACAAGUCAACGUCUCCUUUGCUAGACAGAAACCUGAUUUCAUAAAGAAGAUGCAGGAGCAAUCUUUUCAGCAUCAUACCAAAAAGAGCUUGGAAGAGAGAUGGAUUCAUACGAACUAUGUUCCAGUAACUAGUACUCAGGCAGAGCUGACAAGGUUAGAAAUGUUCUGCUCCGCUACUGAUGAAACCGUGAAUACAUUGAAUAUAACGAAUCAGCAAUAUCUAGAUUUAUUAGUACCACCAAUGAAAGAUGAAGAAUACUUGAAAUCAGACGUUGCUAAUCAUACUACGUCCCUCAAUUAUAUCAGGACUUUACCGCUUCUCGAUCAAAUGAAAAUACUCAUGAAAGAUGCCAAAGUAAUAUCUUUUAAUCAAUUGAGAUCGAUAUUGUCACCUGACCAAGACACGACGGUCGUUUUGAAAUAUUUGCAACAAGUGGCAGUCUUGGUACAGGGAAAUUGGAUCGUGAACAGCGAGCUUAUAUACCCGAAAGAUACUGUGUCGUCAAAUAAUGGGAUUCCCUCCGAACUCAUGUGUAGAGCCAGAGAUUAUAUCUUAUUAUCAUUCACGGAACACACGUACCUAAAUAGAAAAACGAUAUCGACAGUCAUCAAAUUACCUCCUGAUGAAAUUAAGGAGAUAUUCACGAACUUGGCAGUGCAUGAAGCUAAAAAGGGAUGGCGUUUAAUCAUCCCGCCUACCAAGGAGUUUACUGAAAGGUAUCCUGAGAUCACGCAGAGGCAAGAAAUGUAUUGGGAAGCAAAACGGAAACAUCUACGCGAAGCCAUGGAGGCGCAGAGCCAAUUUCCUCAGCGACAAAGGCGGAAGUCUAACAGAGAAUCGGUCGGCUCCGAGAACGAAGAAAGGAACGUUGGACGAGGAAGAAAAACGCUUAGGGAUUCUUCGACAUCCGACAACGACAGCGCGACAGAGCCGGUGAAACACAAAAAAUCUGUUCGAUCUCGGAAAGCUUCCGAGACGACGUGACCAAAGUUGAUGAUGCGUGAUCAAACGUACGGUAUUCCUGUAUAUUGUUAAACGUAUUUGAAACUACGAGAAAUUGUUUUAGAUCGUGUUACUAUAGCGUGUCUUCGUAAUUGCACACUGCAGAAAUUUUACGAUGUACUUCCGCCUUUUGUCUUUUAACAUUAUUUAAGUUUUAAAUGAUUUCUAGUCUCCGUUAAUAGAUUUAGCGAACGACGAUACAGAUACCAAGAACUUCACGUGCACGUAGAGACGGUCUAUAUUUUGUUACCUCAGUUAUUUAUUUAAAUUAUGUACAUCUGGCCUCUGUACAUGGUGUAUAAUACGAAAUUUGAUUAUGUCUUAUUUAGAUUACUUUGUUCCUGGGAAUAUGUGCAGAGAGACGUGUAACAGCUGCGUACGAUUAUAGAUUUAUAACGAUCAUAAAUAAUUUGCUGGCAAAUGUCUCGCUGUCGACAGUAACUGAAUACUCCGCACCAUGGGGAAACUAUAAACGGACGUUCAUUUACUGGUUCCGAUAGCUACUUUCUGCAUUAUCUAUUAUGCGUCGAAGGCAUUGACUGCGAACCGACUGAUGUUUUUUACUUUAUUAAAGAUAUUUUUAUGAAUAAAGUAUAAUAUGAAAUCGUGA